AUGCAGCUUGUGUUAUGGGCAGUGGGAUUAAGCACGCUGUUCUUGCAAGACUUCUUGAAUGUAGCCGGUGUAGCAGCAAGGAUUCAGGGGUUGCAUCCGAGACAAGCUAAACUUCUGGACGCGCUGAGCGAGUACGAGAUCGUGACUCCAGCCCGGGUGAAUGAGUUCGGAGAGGCCUUUCCUGCCAAGGUCCACUUUCCAAGGUCGAAGCGGAGCCUGCCUUCGGACGCGGAGCCCUGGGGCCUGGAUGCUACCUCCUCCUCCUCCUCUUCCAGCACCACCCAAGCCCGCUACGAGCUCUCAGCUUUCGGGCAGCACUUUGUCUUCAACCUUACAGCCCAUUCGGGAUUUAUCGCCCCUCUCUUCACCGUCAGCUUCCUGGGAGAGCCCGGGGUGAAUCAAACAAACUUUUACGUGGAAGAGGGAAGCAAUAUUAAGCACUGCUUUUAUAGAGGCCAUGUGAACACCAAGCCCCAACACACUGCCGUGAUCAGCCUCUGUUCUGGGAUGCUAGGCACGUUCAGGUCACAUGAUGGAGACUAUUUCAUAGAACCACUAUUGACAACUGACCAGAAAGAAUAUGAAGAAGAGCAUAAUAAGCCACACGUUGUCUACAGACACAGAGUACCUCCAACAGAUGCUCCAAGGGACAGACAGACCUGUGACACUUCAGGGCAUGUAAAAAAUCACAGAAAGUUCAAGAGGAAAAGCAGGAGAAGACAGCGGCCCCCAACUAGCAUAUUAUCUGAUGUAGAAGUAUUGAAACAUAGCAUAGUCUCACAACAGUUUCCUGCAUCCAACAACAACAAGACUGGUAACACAAGGGGGAAGAAUGGCCACCGAAGAACCAAACGAUUCCUCUCCUAUCCCCGCUUUGUGGAGGUUAUGGUGGUAGCAGAUAGUCGAAUGGUCGCUUACCAUGGAGCAAAUCUACAACACUACAUUUUGACAUUAAUGUCAAUAGUAGCUUCGAUAUAUAAAGACCCAAGCAUUGGAAAUUUAAUUAAUAUUGUUAUUGUGAAAUUAAUCAUCAUACAUAAUGAUCAGGAUGGACCUUCCAUAUCUUACAAUGCCCAGACAACAUUAAAAAACUUCUGCCAGUGGCAGCAAACUCAGAACCACCCGAGCGAGCACCAUCCAGCGAAACAUGACACUGCAGUAUUGGUGACAAGACAGGAUAUUUGUAGAGCUCAAGACAAAUGUGAUACUUUAGGUCUGGCUGAACUGGGUACAGUCUGUGAUCCAUACCGGAGCUGUUCAAUUAGUGAAGACAGUGGCCUAAGUACAGCUUUUACGAUUGCCCAUGAACUUGGCCAUGUAUUUAACAUGCCUCAUGAUGACAACAAUAAAUGCAAAGAAGAUGGAGGGAAGAACCAGCAACAUGUUAUGGCUCCCACCCUGAACUAUAACACUAACCCCUGGAUGUGGUCAAAAUGUAGCCGGAAAUACAUCACUGAAUUUCUAGACACUGGUUAUGGAGAGUGCUUGCUUGACGAACCUUCGUCGAGAAUGUACACUUUGCCUCAACAGCUUCCAGGAUUCAUUUAUGAUGUCAAUAAGCAAUGUGAGUUAAUUUUUGGGCCUGGAGCUGAGGUUUGCCCGUAUAUGCAGAAGCAGUGCAGGAGACUCUGGUGCAUCAAUGCUGAUGGAGCACACAAGGGAUGUCGCACUCAACACACACCAUGGGCUGAUGGGACGGAAUGCGGUCAAGCAAAGCACUGCAAGUAUGGCCAUUGUGUUCCCAGGGAACGAGAACUGCCUGUGAUAGAUGGGACAUGGGGUACAUGGAGCCCUUUUGGCGCUUGCUCACGAAGCUGUGGUGGGGGAAUUAAAAAUGCUGUUCGAGAGUGCAACAGGCCUGAGCCAAAAAAUGGUGGAAAGUACUGUGUGGGACGCAGAAUGAAGUUUAAAUCCUGCAACACUGACCCUUGUUCUAAGCAAAAAAAAGAUUUCCGGGAUGAACAAUGUGCCACCUUUGAUGGGAAGCAUUUUAACAUUAACGGUCUACCUCCUAAUGUGCGCUGGGUUCCUAAAUAUAGUGGAAUUUUAAUGAAAGACAGGUGCAAGCUCUUCUGCAGAGUGGCAGGAAACACAGCCUAUUAUCAGCUCAGGGACAGGGUUAUUGAUGGCACCCCUUGUGGCCCAGACACAAAUGACAUCUGUGUUCAAGGACUUUGUCGGCAAGCUGGAUGUGAUCAUGUGCUCAAUUCCAAAGCCAGAAGAGAUAAAUGUGGUGUGUGUGGUGGUGAUAAUUCGUCAUGCAGAACGAUUCAAGGGACAUUCAAUACUGUGCACUAUGGUUAUAACACUGUGGUACGCAUACCAGCUGGUGCUACAAAUAUUGAUGUACGGCAGCAUAGUUACUCAGGGAAACCAGAAGAUGAUAACUACCUUGCAUUGUCAGGUAACGAAGGCUUCAUAUUAAAUGGAGACUAUGUUGUCAGCAUGUUUAAAAAGGAAAUCAAAGUUGGAAAUGCUGUGAUAGAAUACAGCGGCUCGGAUUCUUCCGUCGAACGAAUCAAUUCUACAUACCGUAUUGAUCAAGAAAUAGUUCUUCAGGUUUUAUCAGUGGGUAAUUUAUAUAACCCUGAUGUUCGAUACACAUUCAAUAUCCCCAUUGAAGAUAAACCUCAGCAGUUUUAUUGGAAUAUCUAUGGCCCUUGGCAGCCCUGCAGUAAAGUGUGCCAAGGGGAACGAAAGCGGAAACUUAUCUGCACACGAGAAUCUGACCAACUCAUGGUGUCUGACCAAAGAUGUGUUGGAAUCUCCCAACCUGAUCCAGUAUCUGAGCUGUGUAACACAAACUGUGAAUUAAGGUGGCAUAUUGCCAGAAAGAGUGAAUGCACUGCGCAGUGUGGACUGGGAUACCAAAUGCUAGAGAUUUCCUGCACAAAGUACAACAAGUUGGAAGGGAAAAUUGAGAAAUUCGAUGAUCAAUACUGCAGCGGCAUCCCCAAACCAAACUCUAGGGAGAAAUGUUCAUCGGAAUGCCACACUGGAGGUUGGCGCUAUUCAGCUUGGACAGAAUGUUCCAAGAGCUGUGGAAGUGGCACAAAGAGACGCCGAGCUGUCUGCAUGAACACCUUCAACGAUGUUCUGGAGGACAGUAAAUGCAGUCAGCAGGAGAAGGUGACUGUUCAGCGAUGCAACGAACUGCCAUGUCCACAGUGGAGAACCGGAGAUUGGUCAGAAUGCUUGGUAACUUGCGGAAAAGGGCACAAACACAGACAGAUUUGGUGCCAGUUUGGAGGCGAACGCAUAAGCGACAGGCUUUGCAAUCCUGAAACAAAACCAGAUUCCAUGCAGGCUUGUCAGCAGCAGGAAUGUGCUGCGUGGCAAGUGGGACCAUGGGGCCAGUGCACUGCAACAUGUGGGCAGGGCUACCAGAUGAGAGCAGUGAAAUGUGUGGUUGGUGCUUAUGUAUCUGUUGUAGACGAUAACGAGUGCAAUGCUGCCACCAAACCAACAGAUACGCAGGAUUGUGAAACAGCGCCAUGCCGUCUUCAACCAAGCAAUCCAGAAACAAAAGAGAGCAUGCCUGGCAGUCACAGAACCCAGUGGAGAUUUGGAUCCUGGACUCCAUGCUCUGCUACAUGUGGGAAAGGCACCAGGAUGAGAUAUGUCAGCUGUCGGGAUGAUCAGGGCUCUGUGGCUGACGAGGCUGCCUGCUUUCACCUUCUGAAGCCGUCAGCGACAGAAGUCUGUACUGUAACACCAUGUGGGCGGUGGAAGGCCAUGGAAUGGAGCUCUUGCUCUGUAACUUGCGGGCAAGGUAAAGUGACUCGGCAGGUAGUCUGCAUAGAUUACAACAACCAGGUUGUUGAAAGGAGUGAAUGUGAUCCAGAGGAUAUCCCUGCAACAGAGCAAGAGUGCUCUAUGCCAUCGUGCCAGCAGAUCAGCCCUGACUACAACAGGCCUAUCCAUCCCUUCCCUUAUCCUGACUAUCGUCAGAAGAACAACCAUGGUGGAAACCUGAACCGAAACCAAGGCCGUGGACAUGUUCAUGGAGGCAGUCAGUGGAGAACUGGACCAUGGGGAGCAUGUUCCAGUACAUGCGCUGGGGGAUUCCAGCGGCGGGUUGUGGUGUGCCAGGAUGAAAAUGGAUAUACUGCUAGUAAUUGUGAUGGAAGAACAAAACCGGAUGAGCAGAGAUCAUGUGAAUCAGGGCCUUGCCCUCAGUGGGCCUAUGGCAGCUGGGGUGAGUGUACAAAGCCAUGUGGCGGAGGAACCAGAACAAGACUGGUUGUGUGCCAGCAUCCCAAUGGAGAGAGAUUUACGGAUCUGAGCUGUGAAAUUCUUGACAAGCCACCAGACCGUGAGCAGUGCAAUAUGCGGGACUGCCCUCGUGAGGCUGCCUGGAGCACUGGCCCUUGGAGCUCGUGUUCUGUCUCUUGUGGCCGAGGGCAGAAGUACCGAGAUGUUUAUUGCUUGUCGAAGGACGGGAAACAUUUGGAAAAUGAUCUUUGCAAGCAGCUGGUUAAACCGAAUGUGCAAAAAAAAUGUAAAGGUAGCCGGUGCCCAAAGUGGAAAACAGGAGAUUGGGGACAGUGCUCGGUGUCCUGUGGGAGAGGCGUUCAGCAGAGAAGCAUCCACUGCCAUCUUGGCGGUCAGAAAGCAAUUAGGGAAACUGAAUGCGGCCAGCUCAGCAGACCAGCCUCAGAACGGGAAUGCCAAAUAAUUGAAUGUGCCAUCUACAAAUGGGAAACAGAAGAUUGGCAAGAUUGCAGCAAAACGUGUGGUGAAGGGUCCAGAUAUCGCAAAGUGAUCUGCAUGGAUCAAAACAGACAAGAAGUAGAUGCGCUUCACUGCGAUCCAAGCAAGAGGCCACCUGAGGUUGAGAGUUGCAACUUGCCGCCAUGCGAGUACGUCUGGAUUACAGGGGAUUGGUCAGAGUGUUCUGUGACGUGUGGAAAAGGCUACAAGCAACGGCUGGUCUCCUGCAGUGAAAUUUACACAGGAAAGGAUCAUUACGAGUACGGUUAUCAGAACACAGUCAACUGUCCUGGCACACAGCCACCAAAUGUAGACUCGUGCUACUUGGGUGAAUGUCCAGUUUUGGCAAUGUGGAGAGUUGGAAAUUGGGGAAGUUGCUCAGUGACUUGUGGAAUUGGGUUAAUGCACCGGUCAGUUCAGUGCCUUACAAAUGAUGACCAGGCAAGCGAUUUAUGCCUUGAUGAUUUGAAACCUGAAGAGAGAAGAACAUGCCACAAUAUCCACGAAUGUGAGUUACCAACAAGCUGCAAGGAAGUAAAUGCUCUCAAAGGCAUCACUGAAGAUGGAGAAUAUUACCUUAAAGUCAAAGGGAGGCUCUUAAAGAUCUAUUGUGCUGGCAUGGAAUCUGACAGGCCAAAAGAAUAUGUGACUCUUGUAAAUGGCGAAGCAGAGAAUUUCUCUGAAGUCUACAGCUACAGAUUGCAUAACCCAACCGAGUGUCCAUAUAAUGGGAGCAGAAGAGAAGACUGCCAGUGUAGGAAAGAUUACACAGCAGCUGGGUUUUCUGCCUUCAGCAAAGUAAGGCUGGACCUGGACGCUAUGCAAAUAAUAACAACCGAUUUACAGUUUGCACAGACGCUUGAUGGACGGCCUGUUCCUUUUGCCACCGCUGGGGAUUGCUACAGUGCAGCCAAGUGUCCACAGGGUCGCUUUAGCAUCAGCCUCUCUGGAACUGGCCUGUCUGUAACACAAACGGCAAGAUGGCUUUCUCAAGGAAAUUACGCUGUUUCAGAAAUUAUCAAAUCACCGGAUGGUACCAAAGUAAUAGGGAAAUGUGGUGGUUACUGUGGAAAAUGUACUCCAUCUUCUGGAACUGGCCUCGAUGUCCAAGUGUUGUAGCAAUGGGUCUCUGAAUGCUGGGAGCUGAAGCAAGAUGGAUGAAGGAUAAUGGAGCAAUACCUCUGCCUUCCACUUUUGUACUUCUUUCACUGUCUGUGUGUAUGAGUAUGUAUGAGUAUAUGUGCGUGGGUGUGGGUGUGUGUAUAUAUAUAUUGUAUAUUCUUAAUGUUUUAAAGUAUAAUAUUUAUGUCUUGAAUUAUUUAUUUUUGAUUUAAUAUUUUUGUACGUAAAAUGUUUAUAUUAAGGCUGCUUAUCCUGUUUUUUUUUUAAUUUUUUAAAAAAGUUUUAACUUUGCAGUCAAACCACUGCAUUUUACGUACUCUACAUUAUAUGUAGCAUUAUGACAGAAGUGAUAACUUUUAUUGUCACUGUACCCAAUUGUUUACUUUCAUUCAGUAAUUUCUCUUCUGGUUACCCGCUGCACUGAUCAUUGUAAGGUGCUAAAUGGUUUUUCAUUGGGGGUAUUUUUGGCAUUUUGGAACUAAUUUCUUUUGAGGAAAAUAUAAUGUGAUUAUUACUUUUUUUUUAACAAAAAAGCAAUCUGUGCUACAGAAGGACUCAGUGAACAUACAUUAUGUCACAGCUUUAUCACUAGUUGUGUUUAGUUGUUUUGUAAUGGCAUGUGACCUCUUUUAGCCAGUGUUGCCAGCCACUGGUUUGGUGCUAACAUGAUAUAUUUAUUAUUAUCAUACAGGCUUGAAAAGCCAAAUCCUUUGCCACGCUCCAUCGGACAAUAGAGAAUGAAUAGGUCCAUUUGGUAAACUGAAGAAGAAUUCCAACUGUCUGUUUAAGACAGUAGUUUUCAAACUGUGUUUUCCCAAGAAAGCAAGGGUUCCUCAGAAGAGAUGAGAAGGCAGCUUGCCAUGUGCGACCACAGCAGUAUUCUAGGUAUACUGUCACGUCAUAUGGAGCCACAACAAGGCCUAUGGCCCUAUGCUCUGUGUCUGAUUAAGAAUAUGACCCAGAAUCCUUUACAAAUGUACAGGGCUUCUGUGGCAGACAGGUGAAUGUAAUAAGGGUUCCUUAAAGAGAUGAAGCUUUUUAUACAAUUAGAAGUCAUAAUUAAAGUUUGUUAGGUUUAUCAAUUAAACAUUAAGUCCUAGCCCAUAUUAAACAUCUACUGGCUCCAACAAUGGAUUCUGUCAUUUAAGAAAAUGUUUUGAUUUGUGAGGACCUUAGCUCUAUCUUCCCCCUCAUAAGAGCAGUUCAAGAUGGAAUCACAAAAUCAUGUAUGGGAGAACUAGAACUGGCAAAAAAUGUAAACAUUUUAAAAAUUGAUGUCAAAAGCUGAUAUUUAUGUUCUGUGUGACUUUUCAGCUUGGACUGUUGUUUGAAUUGCUGCCUAUUGUGGGUGUAUGUGUCCAGGUUGAAGGCCUGAAAGGAAACAUUUUAUUUCUGAAACAAAUAUUUCACUGCAUUUAAAAAUCUGGGCCCUAAUUCAGCUCUAAUCACAUCUAAUAAGUUUCAUGCAGCUACUUCUGGCUUCAGUUAAAAUGCAACUCUGAAUCCAUAUAAUCCCUAUAAAAGAUGCAUCCAACCAGUUCAAUGGGAUAUAAACAACAAGAGUUGGUGCAGACCUGUAACUAGAUGUGCAUUGUUUGUAUGCAUGGCUCCCAUGCCUUAGACCUCUCUGCUGGAUACUAGCAUGUAAAAGAUUAAUUAGCUAUGGGGAGGGGGUGGAAGAAUCAUCGCCCAGUUCUCAAAAUUUGGAUUCACAGAUAGACAUAAACAGGGCUUUUUUUCUGGGAAAAGAGGUGGUGGAAUUCAGUGGGUUGC